CUGGGCGCAGCAUUAUUAUUAUGUAUUGAUAUAAAUUCCUCUGCUUUUCGCGAUUGUUCUGCGAAUCACAUGACUCCACCAUCCCAAUUUCUCCACAAAUUAAUGUCAUCGACCUUUGCCCCACGGGCCUGGGUCCGAUGCGGUCAUAGCUCCCUCUCGCCUGUUAAAUCCGGUCCCGCCAUCGAUGCUAUCUUAGACACAUCUUCCACUAAUUCUGUGUGAUCCUCUUUGAAACAUUCUGCUUUUCGUCCAGAUAUUUUUGAAAGAGCACACCUCCUGAGAAAGAAUUGUGUCUACCUUUUUGACAUAGUUGAAAGAGCUCCCUAAUCACCGUUCCUCCCCUUCGUAGCCACCAUGGCUUCACCUCACCACCGCCCUUCCCAGCAGGGCUCCAGUCACCUCGAUCAUUUCAUCGGAAUCGACGUUGGCACCGGCAGUGCCCGUGCUUGCAUCAUUGACGCCAAGGGUGAUAUUGUCGGUUUAUCUUCGGAGAACAUUGGUCUCUGGCAACCACAACAAGGAUACUAUGAACAAUCUACUAGUGAUAUCUGGCGUUGCAUCUGUCUUUGCGUCCAGCGAGCCAUCAGCGAGAAUAAUGUCGACCCUGAAUCGGUCAAGGGUAUCGGAUUCGAUGCUACAUGCUCAUUAUCCGUUUUCUCAAACGUCAACGAUGAGCCAGUUUCCAUAACAGGCCCCGACUUUGACUCGGACCGCAAUGUCAUCCUUUGGCUGGACCACCGUCCGGUGGAGGAAACCGAAGUGGUGAAUGCCACUCAGCACAACCUGCUCCGCUACGUGGGCGGCAAAAUGUCCAUUGAGAUGGAGAUCCCCAAGGUGCUGUGGUUGAAGAAUCAUAUGCCUAAGGAACUUUUCGACAAGUGCAAAUUCUAUGAUCUGGCUGAUGCACUAACAUACAUUGCUACCGGAGAUGAGAAGCGAAGUUUCUGCAGUGUCGUAUGUAAACAAGGUUAUGUUCCUGUCGGUGUUGAUGGAAGUGUGAAGGGUUGGCAGGAAGAUUUCCUUGCGGAUAUUGGCCUCAAGGACCUUACAGAAGAGAACUUUAAGCGGAUGGGUGGAGUCGACGGGGUGAACGGUGAUUACCUCAGUGCCGGUGAACUUGUCGGCCACCUUUCCGAGAAGGCAGCUAUGGAGCUUGGAUUACCAGCAGGAAUCGCUGUUGGUAGCCCUGUUAUUGAUGCAUAUGCUGGUUGGAUCGGGACUGUCGGCGCCAAGGUUGACUUCGAAGCUGGUCAGCUGAGCGCUGGUGCUGCCAAAAACGACAAAACUCAAGCCUUCGGGCGUCUCGCGGCUGUGGCUGGAACUUCUACCUGUCAUCUUGCCAUGUCCCCUGACCCUGUUUUCGUUCCGGGAGUUUGGGGCCCAUACCGUGACACCAUCCAACCUGGAUAUUGGAUGGCCGAAGGUGGCCAAUCUGCGACAGGGGAGCUCCUUAAGUAUGUCAUCGAAACUCACCCGGCCUAUAAUCAAGCGAAAUCCAUUGCAGAGUCGUACAACGCCAACAUCUACGUUUAUCUGAACGAGCACUUGAAGGAGAUGACUCAAGAACAAAAGGCCCCCAGUAUCUCCUAUCUGGCACGCCACUUCUUCUUUUACGGUGAUCUCUGGGGCAACCGCUCUCCCAUCGCAGAUCCUGGGAUGAAGGGUUCGGUCAUUGGUCUCACCAGCGAUAAGACGGUUGAUGGUCUUGCCAUCCAUUAUUAUGCCACGCUUGAAUUCAUUGCGUUGCAGACAAAGCAAAUUGUCGAGAGCAUGAACGAAGCUGGCCACAAACUUACAUCCGUCUUCAUGUCUGGUUCUCAAUGCCAGAAUGACAUCCUGGUUGGACUUGUUGCUACUGCUUGUAACAUGCCCGUUGUGAUCCCGCGGUACGUCCAUGCCGCGGUAUGCCAUGGUGCUGCCAUGUUGGGUGCCAAAGCGGCCAGUGCCGAUGAGGAGGGGGAAACCGAGGAUUUGUGGGAUAUCAUGGACCGAUUUAGCAAGCCCGGAAGGAAGGUACCCCCGUCGACGAAUCAGAACGAGAAGGCUCUGCUCGACGUGAAGUACAAGGUCUUCCUCGAGCAAUGCCACAAGCAGCAGGAAUAUCGCGCUCUUGUCGACCAGACAGUGGGAUCGUGGAAAUAAAGCUGACAUAGAUGUAUGAUUAUGUGUUAUGAGUUAGGUUACUAAAAGCUUUGUGGGGGAUCUAAACAAACCAAAUGUGUAAUAUUGCGCAACGUUUUACGACAAUCAAGACUUUCCAAGUAUAAUAUCUGUUUUUACACUCUGACAAUUUGUGUUUACCAAAUGGCUGCGAUUUUCGGCCUCAGACGACGCCCUUUUCGGCUGUCAUUUGGUAACACGUGAUCCAUACCUUUCACCACGGCCAGGUGUGUUUACGACCACGUACCCCCGACCCCGACUCCUUGUUUCAG